AUGCGCCUGCUGACGUCCGUUUUCUGCAUCUCUGCUGCGCUCUACGCAGAGGUCGCCUCUGCGCAGUCGCCUGUUGCCUGGGGCUUGCGCCGCUUCACCAGCCUGGUCACCUUUGGCAACAGCUACACCGACGAAUCGCGGUUCGGCUACUUUGCCAGUCACAACGGUUCUGCGCCGCCAGUGGGAUGGGUUGAUCCGGAGAACAACAACACCGCGUCGGGCGGCUACACCUGGGCGCGCUACGUCGCCAACUCCACCGGGGCCAACCUCUACGACUACGCCGUCAGCGGCGCCGUAUGCUCCAACUACGUCACGCCGCGGACCGCCGCGGCCAUUAACGCGGACUAUCCGUCUGUGCUGGAGUACGAGGUGCCGGCCUACAUCGCCGACAGCCACUACAUCACCCCCAACGGGACCAAAUUCCUCAACAUCCCGCCCGAGGAGACCGUCUACUCGAUCUGGAUCGGCACCAACGACCUCGGCGAGGCUGCCUUCCUGACAGACUCCCAGGUCGCCGGCAAGACGAUCCCGGACUACAUCGAGUGCGUGUACAGCGCCCUCGACCGCGUGUACGCCAACGGCGCGCGGUACUUUGUGCUCAUGAACAUCGCCCCCUUGCAGCUGACACCGCUGUAUGCCACCCCCGAGAACGGCGGCGUGCCCGCCAGCUACUCCUGGCCUGGGAAACCCAGCAACCUGACAGAGGUCAGCUAUCGGAUGUGGGAGCAGGUGGUGCUGGUGAACGACGUGUACAAGUACCAGACACCGUACGAGCUGUUGGUUGCGAAGCGGUAUCCAGGAGCGCACUUUGCCAUCUUCGACACGUACAGCCUGAUUUUCGACAUCUACUACCACCCUGACGAAUACCUGGCCCCUCCGGCCAACGUUACCGGGUAUAUCAACCACUGCGACAGCACGGGCAACAACUGCCAGAGAGAGCCGAAUGAGGAUUCGUUCCUCUGGUUUGACCCGCUGCACCCUUCGGAACGGACGGACCAGAUCAUCGCGAAGAAUUUCGUCGACGUCGUCAAGGGGGUCAGCAAGUACGCGACGUACUGGGGGUGA